UUAUCCGGCCGAGGAGUUUUUAUCUAAUUCGGCUCUAAAUUUUGAAACGUUAUUAAUCAGCUCAUAUGCUAUUGCUGCAUCAUCAUUCCACAUGGCAAUGAAGACGGGCCUUGGCAACCGGACCCUUCAAAUGAGUUUUUCCCAUAAUAAGAGAGUUCUGGAAAUCAGAAAACUUGUAUUUUCCUUUCUCGCUUCAGAUCUUUGAGUGGAAUCGCAGUUGCAGGGCAGCCUAAAGUUUGAAAACUUCCGGUUCCCCAAAUCCUAAUCCUACCCAGAGACGAAGAAAAUGACUACCUCUAGGCGCCUUGCAGACAGAAAAGUGGUGAAGUUUCAGAACAAUAUCACAAAGAGGGGAUCCGUCCCUGAAACCUCAGUGAAGAAAGGAUAUGACUACCCGGUCGGGCCAAUUGUGCUUGGGUUUUUUGUUUUUGUGGUCAUUGGAUCAUCCCUGUUUCAGAUUAUAAGGAUGGCUACAAGUGGUGGGGUGUUCUGAGACCAUGGAGGAGGAAGUUUCAGUGAACAUGGAGACGUGCUGUGUGGGUUGUAAAACACUAAACUAGAAAAGUCAAGUGUGUUAAGAAGAGAGAGUUGUGACAGAAGCAACUUUUUUUUUUGUUUAAUAAAAUAAAAUGUUGUUCACUGAA